AAACUGUCAAAUGUCAACUGUCGAACUGCCGAACAGUUUGUCAUCGUGUAAACAAAAAAUCUUAUAAAAUUUUGUAUUUUCUAGUUAAUUUACUUGAGAUUUGAUAGUAAAAAUGUCGUUUAUGGGUGAUCUGAUGAAUCCGGCACCGCUGUGGCACAACGGUCCGUCACCGGGCUCGUUUUACAGCUUCCCAGCAAAUGCAACCUCAUUGAAACCUGCAAGUCACACAGUCCAAAAUUUUCGAGCGCACUCAGCAACACCAAUCACCACAACAACAACAGUCAUAGGCCUCAAGUUCGACAAGGGUUGUGUGAUAGCAGCAGACACGCUCGGUUCAUAUGGAUCACUCGCCCGUUUCCGUGACUGUCCUCGUGUGUUGAAGGUCAACGACCUGACGCUGCUGGGCUCUGGGGGCGACUAUGCAGAUUAUCAGUACUUGAAGGAUAUCAUUGAGCAGAAAAUUAUUGAUGAACAGUGCAUCGGUGAUGGUCUGCAGCUGAAGCCAAAAUCCCUACACUGCUGGCUCACCAGGGUACUGUACAACAAGAGAAGCAAGAUGGAUCCCCUGUGGAACAACUAUGUUGUUGCUGGAAUCCAGGACGGAGAGCCUUUCCUGGGUGCGGUGGACAAGCUAGGCACAGCAUAUGAAGACGACACCAUUGCUACUGGCCUGGGAGCUUACAUGGCCACUCCGCUGUUACGUCAGGCCAAUGAGAAGGGACUUCUGGACGAAGAGGCUGCCAAGGCCCUAGUACGCAAAUGCAUGGAGGUCCUAUUCUACCGCGACGCGCGUUCGUUCCCUCGCUACCAGCUAGGCAUAGUGACCUCUGCCGGCGUUACUGUUGAAGAGCCGGUGGAGCUCAAGCAUGACUGGUCGCUGGCGCACAUGAUCCAUAUGAAGUGAAUAUAGCGAAAAUACUGUAUUUUAAUAAAAAGUGUUAAAAUG